CAGGGUGCACUUUAUUCCCUCACCGGCGCCGACCGAAUAACUCCCGUGUCGGCGGAGUCGGCUCUGGGUAUCGACACCACGGAGUCUCCGGUUCAACCUCCAGCUGUUUAUAUCCAGAAGCACGAUAGCUGAGCAGAACUGGGGGGACAGAAGAGCCCGAAUGAAACCAGAGGUCACUGGGAGGCUGUGGCUCCACCACUUGUUGUGUAGCGGAAGUGAGUGCCUCAAACUGCGGAUUGAUCGAUAGUAGCUGUUUGAAGCGUGUGUCACCGUCAGCUGUAUGUGUGCGGUGGUUGAGUCGCUACCUUGUGCUCCUCCGCCGGGACUGUGACAGAUCCAGAUCACUCCACCUUCAGCAGACUCACAAUAACAGUACGUGCUGUAAACCUGCAGCAGAGGAGUCCUGCCCUCCAUUUAUAAUUCCAGCAAUCCUCUCAGUUCAAGAGCUUCUCGUUGAUUCAUCUCUUCUUGGAAACUCUGCUUUGGAUCCCAAGGCCCCUGGGAGGGUGGUGCGCAGCACACAGAGCACAUCACUGGGUCCGCACUGUCCGGCCUGCAGGAGAUUAACACCCAGUGGUGCCUGGGGAAUCCCAUUAUGAUCAUAAUGAACACUACACGCCCUCAACGCCUUGAUCUCUCUCCUACCCUCUGUCCGUUCAUCAUGGCGCUGGCUGGUGUGAGAGUAAUCGAGCUGGCGGGCCUGGCUCCAGCACCGUUCUGUGGCAUGAUCCUGGCCGACUUCGGGGCCAAGGUGAUCCGUGUGGACCGGACCAAGGUCGCCAUGGCUCUGGACACACAGGCGAGGGGGAAGCUAUCUGUGUCCAUUAACCUGAAGACUCCGAAGGGCGUAGACCUGCUGAGGAAGCUCUGCGUCCAGUCUGAUGUGGUCCUGGAGCCCUAUCGUAAAGGUGUGAUGGAGAAGCUGGGCCUCGGACCUCAGGAGCUGCUCAAGGAGAACCCUCGUCUGAUCUACGCUCGGCUGACUGGAUAUGGACAGAGUGGCUCCUAUGCCACUGCAGCUGGGCAUGACAUCAACUACCUCGCCAUGUCGGGCCUUUUAUCCCUGCUGGGUCGCAGCGGGGAGAAGCCCUACGCUCCACUGAAUCUGGUAGCAGACUUUGCAGGCGGUGGCCUGACCUGCGCCCUGGGGAUUGUCCUGGCGCUGCUGGAGAGGACAAAGUCUGGGAAAGGACAGAUCAUCGAUGCGAGCAUGGUGGAAGGAGCUGCCUAUGUGGGUUCUUUUAUAUGGAAAUCUCGUCGUAUUGGGAUGUGGGACCGCCCUAGAGGGGAGAACAUGUUGGACAGUGGAGCGCCGUUCUACGAUACGUACCGGACUGCAGAUGGAAAAUUCAUGGCUGUGGGUGCCAUAGAACCACAGUUCUACACACAGCUACUGCAAGGUUUAGAGCUGGACCCUGCAGAGUUGCCCUCUCAGAUGAGCUUCAGUGAUUGGCCAGAGCUGCGACGGAUAUUCACAGAGCGUUUUGCCUCAAAGUCCCAGGCGGACUGGUCCGGGAUUUUUGACGGGACGGACGCCUGUGUGACACCUGUGUUGUCUUUCGACCAGGUGAGCUCACACCCACAUAACCAGGAAAGAGCCUCUUUCAUGACGGACUCCGACGGGGAGGAAAGCCCCCGCCCAGCCCCCGUGCUCUCUCGGACUCCUGCGGUGCCUUGCCUCACCUCCGACCCGGGGAUCGGGGAACACACGGUCGAGGUCUUGGAGCAGUACGGCUUUACAUCAGCAGAGAUAAAGCAGAUGCUCGCAGCUGGGGUUGUAGAGUGUAAUGCUGCCAAGGCGAAGCUUUAAAGGAACAAGAACAAGUCAAAUCCAGACCUGAAUAAUCCUCUAACUUGUAUAAAUAAUUGAUCUGGAGGAUGCCGUUCAAACUAUGCUAUGUUCAUAAAUAAAUCAUACCAUUUUCACUGCUGCCUUUUCUAUCCUUUAGUGCAAUGCCGUCUUCUGAGUAAAAUACUAAACAAAUGAAUAAAUCAUAAUUUUUGCACAUA